AUGGGACAAUACCUCUUCGAGACAACAGACCCGGUCGUCGAACUUGUCUGGAACAUCGCCAUCGCUUGCUUCGUCUUCCGCAUGGCGCUGUCGUACUUCUUCCUUGCCUUCACAACGAGCGUGCUGUUCUUGUGGGCUAUCUACAAAUAUCAGCAGCAGCAGCAGCACGGCCUCACAGCAACGCAGACUGAACUCGUGCUCGUUUCGCUGCAGACCGUCGUCAGCGCAGUCUCCGCCCGCCAUGCUGUAGUGGCACACGGCCUGCCGCGCGUGCCGUGGUUCCGGCUCGCCGUUGGCGGACUGGCGGCGGCAUUCCUGGCCGGCGCGGAGGCAUUUCUCUGGCUCGCGCUGUACGGAGAAGGCUAUGGGGGUCAUGUCUGGGAGGUACAGAUGGAGGACCCAACCAUGGGUCCGCGUGCAGAUGUCUUCAGACCAUUUUCAAACAGUGAACUCGCUCUCAGUCUGGGUCGCGACUGUGAAGAGAAAGUGGACAAAGCUUGGAAACGCUCGACUAGACUGCCAUAG